GCACAGCGCCAUAUUCGCACUGCAGACUUUUGGGUUCAGUUGCAGCAAACUGUUUGCCACUGUCGCACGGGUGCCGCCAAAAAUAAAUAUUUUUUGGGGAGAUCAAACUAACAAAAAACUGUUAGAUUGCAGCAACCAGACUCACGGAUAAAAUAUACGUCGAUUUAUGGUUACAGUGUAAAGUUAUUGUAUCACUCGCUUCAGAACCAGUGUCGAUACAACACCGGACGGACGAAUUUCAAACAUGGGCACAUUUUCGGCAUGGUCGAUCUUUCUGGUGGUCUCGCUGCUUGCUGUGAAAGUCCUGUCCCAGGAGUUUGACCUGUCUGAUGCCUUGGAUUAUGGCGAUGUCACUAAAGCGCCAGCAGCAGCCACACCGAAACCCAAACCGGGAGCAGACCUGGACUUGUCAGAUUUCUUUGGAGAGGGUGACAAGAUUACCACCACCAAGGCUCCUUCUAAGGUUCCUCCUAAAGUCCCAGCAACCAAGGCCCCGCUCAAACCCAAACCCAAACCAGCAGGUGAUGAGUUUGACCUGAGUGAUGCACUGGACCCCAAAAACGACAUUGGAGGGAAGGACAAGAACAAGGGACAAGCAGAUAAAGGUUUCGGAGGCGGGGGCAAGGGUGCCGGAGCUUCCAACAACAGAGGGGGGAAUGGGGGUGGCUCCUUCUCAGACGAUGAUCUGUUUGACGUUGGAAAAGACAACACCUAUAACCCCGACAAAGGGAAAGGUGGACGCAAUGGUGGCCCAUCCACUGCUGAUGACAACAACUAUGACACCAUGGCGGAGACAGGAACCAUCGCGGGGAUCGUCAGUGCCGUUGGCGUGGCGCUGGUUGGCGCGGUUACAAGCUACAUCUCCUACCAGAAGAAGAAGUUCUGCUUCAGCAUACAACAGAGCCUGAAUGCAGACCUGGUGAAGACUGAUAACCCGGACGCUGUGGUGGCCACAGAACCACAAGUUCAACAGACUCUUCUGGAGCCCCCCAAUGCUGAACCCCCUAGUGAGGAGAACGCUGUCUAA